AUGCCUUUUGGGCUGACGGAUGCGCUGCAGAUUUACCAGCGGAUGGUCGACAAUGCCCUGUAUGGGUUUACUUGGAUCCCAAAAAUGGCCGGUGAUCUGGAGCAUCUGGAUGUAUUCGAGGCCGGAGAACCCGAAGAAGAUCCGGGAAAACCAUCGGUGUUAGGACGCCGAUCCUAUAUCGACGACAUCUUAGUGCCAGCAGAUAACUGGGAUCAGCUAUGUGACCGAGUCGAAGAUCUCCUGAAGGCGUGCGACAAAUGGAACUUGUCGAUCAGCGUUGUCAAGAGUUUCUGGGGCAUGCCUAAGGUAGAAUAUCUCGGUCACAAGGUAUCGUACGAUGGACUGGAGGCGAAUCCGAAGGAUCUGUCGGCGCUGACGGAUCUCGGGUUUCCCAGAUCUCUGCGUGCCAUGCAAUCCUUUUUGGGCAGCCGGAACUAUUACAGUCGCUUCAUCGAAGAUUACGCGAUUUACGCGUCUGUGCUGUAUGAGUUGAGGGAGAUUGACUAUGCUGCGAUAGAGAAGGGCAUGAAUCGAAGCCGGAUCCAGCUAGUGCUAGCAUCGGAAUCCCCGGAGUUGACUAAGGAUCCGAUGAGUCGCAACCAUCGGAUCCGAAUCCGCGGGGUCCGGGUCCCGAACUUAGCGAUCAAGAUCCGAAGCUAG